UUUAAGAUUUUUCUAUUUAUAUUCAAAUAUAAAACUAUAUAUUUUUACUUUUAAUCUUUUAAUCUUUUAAUUGAUUUUUUCAUUUUUAAAUUGCAGAUACAAGGAACACUAUGGUGUGUGGCAGCUGUCUACUUCAUUUGCAUAUACAAAUGCAUCCUCAACUACCCAUUUCCAAACGGUGCAAGAGAUAGCAGUGGAUUCUAUACUAUAUUCUACUCUUCAUAUUUGAACGGUAGUUCUUGUGACGGCAACCCAAAAUUUCAAGGUUUGAAACAUGCUGCUGAUUCUUCAGAGCGCACAUUCUAUUGGAUGGUGGUUUACAGUGUGCUCAGUGCAUUAUGGGUACUUGUCAGCAUUCUACUUUUGGUGCCGAAUAUUUGCAGCAAAAAAGGCAGCCGUUCUUCAAAGUGUACAUUCUAUCCAUGGAUUCUCAUUACAGCAUUGAUUGUCAUAACCGAUGUCAUCAAUGUGAUUAUCUACAUCAUGGACAUCACUCAUACAUUGGUGGCAAAUGAUUAUUUGAAGUUCAUUGGAGCCAGCGGCAGCUGGGAGAACGUGACGGGAAUGGCUUGGAAGGGCCAGGACACCGCCGCUCCCGCCGUGGCUAUGACUCUCUUCUUCAGUCGAAUCAUCAUCUUCUGGCUCUUGAAUCUAGCACUACUCUACCGAGUUAUCCGCAAGUGCAAACAUCACACUCUUCACAAUUUGCCGGAUGUUGAUAAUAACAUGGACAAAUGGGAGAAGCCAAUCAUCGGCCAGCAGAGACCGACUGAGCAGAGAAGCAAUGCGCCACUGUACCUGGACCCGGAGCCGCGCAACUGGAAAGGAGUCGCACAGAGGCGACAGCAAGAAAGGCCCAGCAAUCUCCAUCUCAGCCAGCCGCCGACCAAGGUCACUUACAUGUUGGAUGAAUUUGGCAUCCCCAUAGAGGAAGUGCGAUCGCCGCGAGCUGAAAAUCAUCUACAUUAUGGCGGCGCAGGCGCAGAAGUGCCAAUCAUCAGACCCAUCAGGGAGCCCGGCUUGCUCAGGCGACCCUCCAAUAGAGUGGCAGGUCAAAACAUGCCGCCCGAAGAAUUACGAGGCCAAGUUCCAUGGUCAUAUCUCCGGCCUCCACCACCAAAAGCUUCCAGUCCCAGCAGUACUAGUCAGAUGGUUGGGGGUCCUAUCAUUCCAGCUCCAGAUUACGGUCACAGACAACAGAGAGAGUACAUAGUUUCAGAUGCAGCAACAAGAAAAUGACGAGGUCUAUCCAUAACCAGAGAAAACGAAGCUGAAUUGAAACAUUCCAAAGACAUUAGAAGUAAUGUACAAAAUAUUAUAUAGAUAUAUAAAUAUUAAAUAAAUAUUUUUACAAACUACCUCUCCUUAUAAAAGAGAAACAUUUUACUUGAAAAUUGUUCGUUAUUAUUGUGAAAUUUUACUGAGAACUAUUUUUAUUUUAGUGAGAGGUCAGUUCAAAAAUUUGCUUUUAUUUUAAUUUGAUUAGACAAAUGAUGUUUUAACAAAUAAUUGAUUUACUCACUAGAUUGUUUUUAAUUUUAUUGGAGUUUCAAAUGUAAUAUAUUGUUCUGUAGAACCUGAAAUGAUUUGAAGUAUUAUUAGGUUUAUGUUAAUAAUUAUACUCAAUAAAGAUGUUUUAUGUUAAUAAUUUUUAUUUCCACUACUCAGAAUAUUACUAAUUGUAUUUUCACACUUAUAGAAAAUAAUGAUAAAUUAAAAGAUUCCAUUUCUGUAUAAUUCAAAUCCAUAAUGGUGUAUGGCAUUUUAUAUAAUUAAUAUCAAACAAUCAGAAAAAUAAAUUUAAAUAGUUCCUAAUCACCCCUUAUACUUUGCUCAAAUUCAAUCUUAGUUAUAUGUAGUUUAACAAAAAUAAAACAACCAAAAGACUGUA